GGGGGGGGGCGGGGGAGGGUAAAUGCAGAAAGAUAAGGAAAAAUCUCUUUGAGAAAUAAUAGAAAAGGAGACUAGUGAAUCACUCAGAUGGAAAGGAGGAAAACAAGAGCACGUUUACCUGCAAGUAAUCCCGCCCCCUCUCUUGGUUAGUCCAAUCACUGAAGCCUAUUUGGAGACGGUGAAGUACUGAACGGUGCAUUGGGGGCAGGGAAGAGGGAGCGCUGGUAAACAAAAGCCGGAGCCUGAAAAGGUGUCUCUUCCCUCCUCCCUUCCUCCCUCCUCCUCCUCUUUCCUCUCUCCUUCUUUCCUCUGCUGGGGCUGCUUUCACCUUCUGCACCACCGCCUGCAGCAGGAACCAGGCGCUGUUGUCCCCUGGCCACCGCCCCCGGGGCAUGGCAUAUCUGAUGGCAGCUUUCUCAGUGGGCACGGCUCUGAAUGGCAGCAGUUAUUCUUCAGGUGUAACAGAGCCAAAGUCAGUGUGUGUCUCAGUGGAUGAGGUGGUUUCAAAUAGUAUGGACAGUACAGAGACCGACCUGCUGAAUGGACACAUGAAAAAAGUGGACAACAAUCUGACAGAAGCACAGCGUUUCUCCUCCUUACCUAGGAGGGCAGCAGUGAACAUUGAAUUUAAGGAUCUUUCCUAUUCUGUUCCAGAAGGACCAUGGUGGCGGAAGAAAGGAUACAAGACUCUUUUGAAAGGAAUUUCAGGGAAAUUCAGCAGUGGAGAACUUGUUGCAAUCAUGGGUCCUUCUGGAGCUGGAAAAUCAACACUCAUGAACAUCCUGGCAGGAUACAGAGAGACAGGAAUGAAAGGGUCAGUUCUCAUCAAUGGACUGCCUCGGGACCUCCGCUGUUUCCGUAAAGUGUCAUGUUAUAUUAUGCAAGAUGACAUGCUGCUUCCUCAUAUUACUGUGCAAGAAGCCAUGAUGGUUUCUGCUCAUCUAAAACUUCAAGAGAAGGAUGAAGGCAGAAAGGAGAUGGUGAAGGAGAUCCUGACAGCAUUAGGUCUGUUGUCCUGUGCUAACACAAGAACAGGAAGUCUUUCUGGAGGCCAGAGAAAGCGCCUUGCCAUCGCCUUGGAAUUGGUGAACAAUCCACCAGUCAUGUUCUUUGAUGAACCUACUAGUGGUUUGGACAGUGCUUCCUGUUUCCAAGUUGUCUCAUUGAUGAAAGGUUUGGCACAGGGAGGCAGAUCGAUUAUCUGUACAAUCCACCAACCCAGUGCUAAACUGUUUGAGCUCUUUGAUCAGCUUUAUGUCCUCAGUCAAGGACAAUGUGUAUACCGGGGAAGAGUUUCAAAUCUAGUACCUUACUUGAGAGAUUUAGGUUUAAACUGUCCAACUUACCACAACCCAGCAGAUUUUGUAAUGGAGGUUGCAUCUGGUGAAUAUGGUGAUCAAAAUAGUCGCCUGGUAAGAGCUGUACGGGAGGGUAUGUGUGACACAGAAUUCAAGAGAGAAUUUGGGGGCGAUGCUGACUUGAACCCUUUUCUUUGGCACCGGGCAUCUGAAGAGAACUCCAUUUCUUCUGAAGGCUGUCACAGCUUCUCAGCUAGCUGUCUCACUCAGUUCUGUAUCCUCUUUAAAAGAACAUUUCUCAGCAUCAUGAGAGAUUCGGUAUUAACACAUUUAAGGAUCACAUCACACAUUGGGAUUGGACUUCUCAUAGGCUUGCUAUAUUUAGGAAUUGGAAAUGAGGCAAAGAAAGUCUUGAGCAACUCUGGUUUCCUCUUCUUUUCCAUGUUGUUCCUCAUGUUUGCUGCACUAAUGCCUACUGUCCUCACCUUUCCUCUUGAGAUGGGAGUUUUUCUUAGAGAACAUCUGAACUAUUGGUACAGUCUAAAGGCCUACUAUCUGGCCAAGACCAUGGCUGAUGUUCCCUUUCAGAUCAUGUUUCCAGUAGCCUAUUGCAGUAUUGUAUACUGGAUGACUUCUCAGCCAUCUGAUGCUCUCAGAUUUGUCCUAUUUGCAGCAUUGGGGACAAUGACAUCACUGGUGGCUCAGUCUCUGGGUCUCUUGAUUGGUGCAGCCUCCACAUCAUUACAGGUGGCAACAUUUGUGGGUCCUGUGACAGCUAUCCCAGUCCUCCUUUUCUCAGGAUUCUUUGUCAGUUUUGAUACCAUUCCAGCAUAUUUGCAAUGGAUGUCCUAUAUUUCCUAUGUCAGAUAUGGGUUUGAAGGAGUCAUUCUCUCCAUCUAUGGUUUGGAUAGAGAAGAUCUUCAUUGUGACAUUGAAGAGACUUGCCACUUUCAGAAAUCAGAAGCCAUACUGAAAGAAUUAGAUGUGGAAAAUGCCAAACUUUACUUGGACUUUAUUGUUCUUGGGAUUUUCUUCAUCUCCCUUCGCCUCAUUGCCUAUUUUGUCCUUCGAUAUAAAAUUCGGGCAGAGAGGUAAAACAUUCCAGUAGGGAGAAAAUUAAAAAUUGAAAUUAAAGGCAUUUGUCUUGUGUUUUCAGGUCAGUAUCUUACCCAACUUUUAAGAACUAUAUUACAUUUCUGGAUGUCAAGUGUUCAACUUCUCAGUCCAGUUAGUUGGGUCACCUCUCCAUUGCCCUUUAUAAUUUUAACCAGGAAGAAGAUGUAGAAGAGUUUGUUGUUGUUUUUUAAGCAGAAUUUAAUACUCAAGGAUGACAUACCUAAAAUAUUAAUGGUGACUGGAUUUUUCCUUUACAAAAUUCUUCUUUAUAACAAGAUGACUUGAAGUCCUGGACAUGGAAUUAUAAAGCAACUCCCUCCUAGAGAACUUUUUCUGAAACUGAUUACUAUGUAUAUCAGGAUGGGGAGAAGGGAAGCUGGAAUACAGGGUUAUUUUUCUUUUUAUUUUUCUUUAUUUAAAAAAUCAGUUUCAAUUUUCCAAGUGUAUGUCACCUUAAGACUAUUUUUCUUAAGAAAUAACUUUCCAUGCCAAAAAUAUACAAAUCUCACUAACAUUCAAAAAGAUGUGCCUCUUAAAUAUUAUUUGUGGAAAGUAAUUUAGAGAAUGGUAACUGGCUUUAAAAGAGUCUAAGAGUAACAAAUUGAACUCGUUUAAGAUUCAGAAUUUGUGAAAAAUUAAAAAAGUAUUUCUGGUUAAGUCAAGUACCUUAAACCACAUUUAAAAUUUGCAUAGCACCCUGACUAUAAACUUAAAAAAAAGACAAGGGAAAUAAACAUAAAAGUUGAUCAACUCAUCUGAAAAAAAAUUGUCUUCCACAUACUUCAUGUUUCGAAUGAUGAAGAUUAGUAGCCCUUUCAUUUCUAUGUAGGGUGUGAUUCUUAGGCAUACUGGACCAGUAUAAAGGGAAAAAAAUUAAAGGUUCAAUUUAAAAAUGAAUUUUAGGCUAAGACAGUGAAUGUGAAAUUGACAUUCUAGAGUUGAAACACCAUAUAUUGACUAUAUAUCAUUAGCAAUUAUUGUAAUUUGUGUAGAAGUAGUUGAGAUAUUUAUAAGGAUAUUUCCUGGAGCAGAUUAUGUACUUUUGGGUAAUUUUACUAACCAUUUUUUUCUCUGAAUCUCAGCUAUAUUACACAAAAGGGAAAAUGUUUUGCCUUUUUACAUGUGGCACUAACUAUUGCCAUUUCAUUUUACAAAUUCUGAACCAGGUUGGACUCACAAUGGGUGCUUUUCAGCCAUUUGCAUUGUAAGAACAUGAUAUAAAAUUCUUUGCAGUAGAAAUUCUUAAUAUAUCUUGCAGGAAUACCAGGGAAUGUUUGACAAAUUUGAUUUCAAUAAUUCAGGAUUCCUCUCUCCAUAUUAUACACAUAUUCUCUGACCACUACAAAAGAUAGUAGAUAAUUCCAAUGUAAAUCAACAUCUUUUUGUGAAGUUUUCUGCAUUGACAAAGUCUCUUAACCUUUUUCAGUCUUACCAUGUGCUCAUUUGUAAAAAAUGAAAUUUGAACUAGAUUAAUUCCAAGAUUACUUCCAGUGUUGUUGGGUUUUUUAAAUAUCCAAUGAAGCCUUUUCAUUUACUUAUUUUGUAUAGUAGUAUAAAAAUGUGUUGGUCAUUAGGCAAAUUACACUGCUGAUUGAAUGGGAGUUAGUAAAUAGUGCCUCUGGCUCAUUUGAAGUCAGACUAUAACUUAAAAUGCUUUUAAAAACUAAUAUGCUCAGGUUGCUAGUACUUCUUAGUGACACCUUCAUAUAUCCUAGAAAUAUUAAAAAUAUCAAUAUUGCUAACCAGAUUUUGUAAUCUUGGUAGUGUUGGAAACUUUUUUUUCCUUCCCUUAGGCUCAGAAAAGGAUUAAAAAAAAACUGGAAUGGUACUUUAAAAGCAAAAGUUUAAUGAUUUAGUGGACAAAUAUACAUCAAUAUCUUUUUUGUAUUUCUCAAUUGGCUUCUACGUAUGUGUUUUGAAUAGUAAGAAAAUAUUUAUAAAUAUUAAGAUUAAAUUUAUUUUUGAAAAGUACUCUGAAGUUUUAUAAUUUGAACAGUGUCUAAUUGUCUAAAGUGGGCCUUUAUAGGUUUUGUUUAAUCACAGAAUUCACAGAAUAGAUUUGCUUUAGAAAUGAGCAGAAAUGAUGCAGAAGUAAAUCUUGAAUAUAGAGACCUCAUGAAUAAUCCAACCAAAAACAAAAUUAGAAAAAGAAAAACUGCUUUUUCUUUUCACAUGAUAACUUGGAGAUAAAUAUAUUUGAAGAUUUUCUUUUGAAGAUCCGUUAUUAACAAGCCAGUUGAUUCAUGAAUUAGUGCUCAGCAGCAAGCUAAGAUUUUUUAUUUGGAGAUGUGUGUAUAUGUGUGUGUGUGUAUGUAUGUGCAGAAGCAUAUGUGUAUAUAUACAUAUGUAUAUAAAUUGAUAAAUAUUCAUAUAUGGAUUAUAUAUAUAUAUAUAUAUAUAGAGAGAGAGAGAGAGAGAGAGAGAGAGAGAGAGAGAAAUAGAGAAAUAGAGAAAUAGAGAGAGAGAGAUAUCUAGAUAGAUAUAUUUGUAUGUCUUAGGGGUAAGCCAUGUAGACAUUAUGACAGUUCUAGUUUUGUUGAUGGUACUAUUUCCAUCUCGAAGCCUACCCUCUCAUUUAUUGGAUCCAUUGCGGUUCUUCUCAUUGUACUAAGUAUCAGAAGAUGGUCCUCUUUUAUCCAUCAUUUGAUUUUCUUGUAUUUCAAAAGUAAUGAAGUCUUCCAAAAUAAUGAUUUCUCUAAAGUUUUGUUUUUCCUGUUUUUUAAUUUCCUUUAUAACUUCAAAUAUUGAGAGCAUUCAAAGGUAGCUUCCUAAGAUGUCUGGAAAAGAGGAAGAGACUAAAUAAUUGGAAAAAGUUAUAGACAGAAUUAUUAUGAGAAAAAAAAUGAUUGACAAUAUAUUGAUAUUCAGCAUCUCACAUAUCUAUUUUUACAUUUCUACAAAACAUUGAUGAGAAUAAUCUAUACAUAUGUGGAAGAAACCCGUGCUGAAAUAUGAGGUAGAAACAAAUUUUCAUAAAAGAUAUCCUGUAGCAAAUUAUAUAUUUAUAAUCACAUGAUUGACUGAAAGAAAAGUACAGAGACUAUAGGAUCCUACUUUGUCUAUUUCUUAUUCAUUUUAUGUGUAUAUAUGAAUGUAUGUUCAUAUGUAUAGCAUUUGGUUGGGCCUAGCAAAAUGUAGCCUUAAAGGUUCUCUUUGGUUAAAAUUAAUACUGUAGAUUUUGACGUAAAAGGUAUAUGAGAAGUCAUCUAGUCCAGCCCCCUCAUUUUACAAAUGAAAAAACAGACUUAGAGAGGUUAAACUCAAAUUAAUCUAGGCAGUGUGAAUGACAUAUUUGAAAUUUUCCAAAUUUAGCACUCUUUCCGCCAUAUCCAUAGAUAUCAUUAUAGUGACAAUUAUUCAACACUCACUGCUUCAAUUAUUAAGUGAGGGAUAAACAAGGACAUACAUAUUAGAUAAAAGAUACCUACUGUUGUCUUGGAGAAUCUUUAGGGCAAAUCUUUAAUGGAAGACAUAUUUCAUUCUUAUGUUGAUAUUUUGUGUACUGACUAAAGAAGAUAUUAUGAUGAGGAAUACCUAUUGUUAAAAAUGAAAUGUAAUUGAUUACUUAGCCCAUUAACUGGAUCCAUCUGCACACAUAUCUUCAAGAAACAUUGCAGAUAGAUAAUAAGCUAGGCUGAGAAUUAAGCAGGAAAAGAGAAGGCUAAUAGCAUUUGAGAAACUGGCACAUUCAGCAAUCCCAGCCUUCUCUUUGAAGCAAAACUAUUUUUUUCCCAGUAAUGAUAUGAUAACUGAAAACUAUUGCAUAUAAUAAUCUCUGAAGAAUCAAAAUUAUAGUGUAGUGUUGCUUUGUUGUUUGUCCUUCAUUCUCAAAGAGGAUCAUAACGUCAGGGAGGGGAUGUCCUGACAUGCAAAUGAAUUGGAUUUAAGUGAAGGAGGGCUGUGUAAGGUCACCUUUCUCACUUUUCCCUCUAGAGCCAUCUGGGUCCAAUGGCAAGAUAUAGCUCAAGACAUGCUCUCCUAUUUCUGUGCAAUAUAAGAUCUAGUGAAAGACUCUCAGCAAUUUAGAUGAAACUCAUCUAGAGAAUUUAUGGGAAGACAUAGAUAAGAUUUUUAUAAGUUAAGAAAGCAUGAAUGGAUUAUGGUCUAUGAUAUAGGAAGGCAUGCCCACAUCAAUGAGAUCAUAGGUACAUCAAAAUAUUUUUGAAAGAAGUAAUAGUCUUUCUUUAAGUCUUCUGAAAUGUUUUAUUCAUGUGCUUUCAAGAACUUUAUCUUUUUAAGGAGUAAUUCUGUUCUCCAUCACACAGAUCUGAAAUAUGAUUUUUCUAAGAAUUCUGUUUUUGUGUAGUUUGCUGAAAUGUGUCAUUCCAAUGUUUUAUGAUAUUACCUUAGCAAGCAAAUGAGAUAUUUCUUAUAAAAUGCAUCAGCCUU